CCUUGCUACACACACGGCGUCUUUGUGUGUGCACACCGCGCAGCAACGAAAAGUUGAACAAGAACCAGCCAACAAGCUUUGCUACUGUGGUUUCGAGCGGCGGCGGCGGCGCGGCCGAGAAGAGAAGAGAGAGAGAGGGAGGCGAGCAUGGCCGACCACAAGGAGGAGCCCGUGCUGGAGUCUGUGAUGGACAAGAUCACCGAGAAGUUCCACGGCGGGGACUCCACGUCGUCGUCUGACUCGGACGACGAGAAGAAGAAGAAGGGGUCCUCGUCGGCGUCGGCGGCGGAGGCCGUGAAGGCCAAGAUGUACCGCCUCUUCGGCCGCGAGAGGCCCGUCCACUCCGUCCUCGGCGGCGGCAAGCCUGCCGAUCUCGUCCUAUGGAGGAACAAGAAGAUCUCAGGUGGGGUACUUGCUGGUGCCACGGCCAUCUGGCUCCUGUUCGAGGUUAUGGAGUACCAUCUCCUCACCUUGCUGUGCCACUCUCUCAUCCUCUCGCUAGCCAUCCUCUUCCUGUGGUCUAAUGCCUCCACGUUCAUCAACAAGUCGCCACCAAACAUCCCUGAGGUGAAAAUCCCUGAGGAUGUGGCUGUUAAUGUUGCGCUGCAACUGAGAUAUGAGAUCAACAGGGGCUUCGCUACCUUGAGGGAGAUUGGACAUGGCCGUGAUCUGAAGAAAUUCCUAAUUGUUAUCGCAGGUCUCUGGCUUCUUUCAGUUCUUGGGAGCUGCUGCAACUUUCUGACACUGUUCUAUAUUGUCUUUGUGGCACUUUACACUAUACCAGUUCUGUAUGAGAAAUAUGAGGACAAGGUUGAUGCUUUUGGUGAGAAGGCUAUGAUUGAACUGAAGAAGUAUUAUGCCAUUUUCGAUGAGAAGUGCCUAUCAAAGAUUCCAAAGGGCCCCCUUAAGGAUAAGAAGUACUAGAUUGGUAGUAAGGUACUUGCUAUAAAUCAACGUCUACGUUUAAGUCACUACGGUCAUCUCCUUCUCUGAAGGAUGGUGCUUUGUCCUGGUUUCUAGUCGAUAGUAUAUAAUCUGUAUGGGCAACUCUGGUGUGGCUGACAUCUGUGUUUUGCUGAUCUUUAAAGUCAUGUCGGCUGAAAAUUGUUGAUCUUGUUUUUGUUUUCAACUUUCAGCAUAGUUGCCUGGAAUCUUGAAAUAUAUUAUGUGCUCUAUCAAUGUCAUGUGAACUUUGUCCAACACCUUUAUUAUUGACUUGGCACCUUUUGCAAGUGCUAGGCUA